AUGCAUUUUAGUGUCUUGCAACCUUUUGAUGGCCAAAACUCUUGGGUUGACUAUGAGCGGCAGUUCUGCAUAACAGCUACUUUCUACGGUUGGGACGAGGAGGAAAAAGCAUACGCAUUGGCAAUGCAACUGCGAGUUGAAGCCCUGACAGUACUAAGUGCACUUCCAAGCGGAAAACCAAUUAGUUUUGAAGCACUUACCAAACUCUUACGACAACGUUUUAGUCUCGAUACUCAUUCAAGUUUUUCUCUCCUCCGAAACCAUGUGCUAAAACCAAAAGAAACACUACCCGAGUUUGCCGUCCAGCUGCAACGUCUCUCCGUAGCUGCCUUCCCAGGUUGUGCCGAAAAAGUGGUAGGGGAAAUUGUAUUGAGCCAAUUCGUUGAUGGAAUACGUGACGAACAGGUCCAGAAUUUCGCCGCUAUUGGACGUCCUCAAAGUUUGCAGGAUGCUCUAGGAAUUGCUCUGGAUGCCACAACUCGCCUCGAGUGUCACACAGUGGUUCCCAGAUGGAAAAAACCCAAAAAACACAUGAGAAGAAAACCAGAACGGCAGCUUACAUGGUAUAAAAAGACAAGUCUGCAUUAUAUUUUCUAUCUUCUUUUAUUGCAGGAGGGCGAUGUUAUAGAACUGUGUCAAGUGAGUGAUAUAAGAGCUGGCGGCACACCAAAGAUUCUGGCUUGCAAGGAUCCUAAGCUGUUGGACAAAGUUAUAAAAAAACACGGAAAUGAUUUGAACAAGCUAGAUGAAAGAUCAUUGACAAUUUGUUCGAACACAGAUUAUAUUAAUAUCACGUAUCAUCAUAUAAUUUGCCCAGACGCUGCAUGUGCGAAGAUAUGGCUUCGUGGCCUGAGAAAAAUCACUCAUAAUUCGAAAGCGAAUAACAUAUGUCCUAUGAUGGUUCUAAAAAAACAUUGGAUGCGAUUGUGCUUUUUAGUCGACGUUAAAGGUCGGAUACCGGUGAAAGUCAUUGCAAAAACAUUUGCAUCUGGUAAAACUGAAAAGCUAGUCUACCAAUGUAUUUCAGAUGUUGGAUUACCUGGUGAAAAAAGUGCCACAAUGACAAAAGACCAAUUCACAUUCGAUAAGUUUUAUGCUCUGUAUCAUAAAGUAUGCCCUAGAAAUGAUAUUGAAGAACUAUUUGCAAAUAUAACUAAAGGUCAGUCGGAUGUUAUCGGUAUAGAACAAUUCGUUCAGUUUCUCAAUGAAAAGCAAAGAGAUCCUCGGAUGAAUGAAAUUUUGUAUCCGCUCUAUGAGGAAAAACGUGCGACGGAAAUUAUCAACGAGUACGAAUUAGAUGAAACCAAAAAAGCAGCUUUACAACUUUCAUUGGAUGGCCUGAAACGAUAUCUCAUGUCAGAUGAAAAUGCUCCAGUAUUUCUAGAUCGAUUAGAGAUUUAUAUGGAUAUGGAUCAGCCGUUAGCGCACUAUUAUAUUAACUCUUCGCAUAAUACUUAUUUAUCUGGUCGACAAUUUGGUGGUAAAAGUUCUGUUGAAAUGUAUCGACAAACAAUGUUAGCCGGUUGCAGAUGUGUCGAGCUUGACUGUUGGAAUGGGAAAGGUGAAGAUGAAGAACCAAUUAUAACUCAUGGAAUGGCCAUGUGUACUGAAAUUAUGUACAAAGAUUGCAUUCAUGCCAUUCGUGAUUGUGCUUUUGUAGCGUCUGACUAUCCUGUAAUUUUAUCAUUUGAAAAUCAUUGCAAUCGUGCCCAGCAAUACAAAUUGGCCAAAUACUGUGAUGAAAUAUUCGGUGAAUAUCUGCUAAAGGAACCUUUGCCUGACCAUCCGUUGGAACCUGGAAGACCACUUCCACCGCCAUCAGCUCUCCUUAAAAAGAUACUCAUCAAAAACAAAAGAAUGAAGCCUGAGGUUGAAAAAAUUGAACUUGAGCUGUGGCUCAAAGGUGAAUUGACAAUAAGCGAUGAGCCAAGCGAAGAUGCUAGCGCUGCGAAACCCCCACCGGUAGAACCUCCACCGGAAGCUCCCCCAGCUGAGGGUGCUCCUCCAGGUGCCGACGGUGCACCAGCAGGUGAAGGGGCCGAAGCAGCUGCUAAUUACAGUGGCUCAACAACAAACGUGCAUCCGUGGCUAUCUUCGAUGAUUAAUUACGCUCAACCCAUCAAGUUUCAAGGGUUUGACAAAGCAAUUGAAAAAAAUAUUGCUCAUAACAUGUCAUCCUUUGCUGAGACAGCUGGAAUGAAUUACCUGAAGCAACAAGCCAUUGAUUUUGUCAAUUAUAACAAACGGCAGAUGUCCCGAAUCUAUCCAAAAGGUACAAGGGCUGAUUCCUCGAACUACAUGCCCCAAGUCUUUUGGAAUGCGGGUUGUCAAAUGGUUUCGCUUAAUUUUCAAACAUCAGAUCUGCCUAUGCAGCUUAACCAGGGUAAAUUUGAAUACAACGGAGGUUGUGGUUAUUUACUCAAACCGGAUUUCAUGCGACGUAGUGACAAAGACUUUGAUCCAUUUGCCGAUGCUCCAGUAGACGGUGUGAUAGCGGCGUCAUGUUCAGUGCAAGUGAUUGCAGGCCAAUUUUUGUCAGAUAAGAAAGUUGGGACCUAUGUGGAGGUCGAUAUGUUCGGUUUACCUUCUGAUACCGUUAAAAAAGAAUUUCGAACUCGUUUAGUGCCAAAUAACGGUCUCAAUCCAGUUUAUAAUGAAGAUCCAUUCCUUUUCCGAAAAGUGGUCUUGCCCGAUCUUGCUGUACUCCGAUUCGGUGUUUAUGAAGAAAGUGGAAAACUUAUUGGUCAGCGUAUUCUGCCAGUGGAGGGUUUGCAAGUGGGUUAUCGACACAUCUCGCUAAGAACCGAAGCGAAUUUCCCAAUGUCAUUGCCUAUGUUGUUCUGUAACAUCGAAAUGAAAAUUUAUGUACCUGAUGGUUUUGGUGAUUUCAUGGCCCUGUUGUGUGACCCAGGCGGCUUUGCUGGAGCGGCUAAAAAACAAAAUGAGCAAAUGAAAUCACUUGGGAUCGAAGAGACCAGUGCUGGAGCUGCUCGAAAUGCUGGGAAAGGCAAAAAAGAGGAGGAGAAGAAGGAACCGCCUUUGGUAUUUGAACCUGUAACAUUAGAAUCUUUACGAAGCGAAAAAGGUUUUCAAAAAGUAGCCAAAAAACAAAUAAAGGAGUUGGAUACUUUGAAAAAGAAACACACUAAAGAUCGCAUGGCCAUGCAGAAAACUCAAAAUGCUGCUAUUGAUAAAUUAAUAAAAGGCAAGAGUAAGGAUGAAAUCCGAAAUGAUUCCGCUAUAAAGAAUGCCAUUACUGAACAAACUAACCAAUGGACUGAAAUGAUUGCCAAACAUAAGAAAGAAGAAUGGGACAUGUUACGAAUACAUGUACAAGACUCUCAGGAAGCUAUGAAAGCAUUGAUGCUAACGGUGCAAGCUACACAGGUCAAACAACUCGAAGAAAGACAUUUAAAAGAUGUCAAGGAUUUAAAUGCAAAACAGGCAAAAGUUUCUGUAGAGACAGCAAAAGAGGUGCAAAUGGAUAAAACUUUGAAAACGAAGAAUGAAAAAGAUCGUCGUCUACGAGAGAAAAAACAGAACAACAUUAAACGAUUUAUGGAAGAAAAAAAACAAAUUGGAAACAAGCAGAAUCGAGAAAAGGAGAAACUAAAAAAUGCCCACACCAAGCAAGUCGAGGACUUUAGUACAGACGUUACAAAGCUGCUUGAUAUGUACAAAAUGGAGGAAGAAGCUUACAAAAUUCAAGGAAAGUCGGAAUUUUUCGCUUAGAUUAAAAUAAAAAUAAAUAAAUUUAUUAAUAAAAAUUAAUAAAUUAAACAAGAAUACAAAAUAAAUAAAAAUUGUAAUUGAAACAUGAGUUUAAUUUCUGUAAAGAAAAGUGAUACAAUUAAAUGUAUUAAUGUUUAUAUUUCCAACCAUUACUUAAGAUAUCGUAUACCUAUACCUACUUUCUGUGACAACAGUUAUUUGGGCAACAUCAUUCUAGUAAUUGAUUAAAUAAAUGUGAUACAUCAAUGUGAA